AUGGCGUCCGUUUCCUCCCACAACGGCUCCUCGCACCCGUCACCAUACGACUUUGACUCCAACGGCGACACGGACGAAUCAUGGCAGUACAUUGAUUAUUCCAGCAGCGGUUCCGCGCCCGGGUCCGUCGCAUUCCUGCCCAGCCCCGCGAGCGGCAGCCUGAGCGGCUUCGCCAUCAUCGGCCACCACCACACGACGACCAUGGCGUCGCCCUCGCAGCAUUCCAUGUCGCCGGUGCUGGGGGACGCCGGCGACCAGGCGUUUCUCCCGCCGCCCAUGUCACUCCCCAUGAGCGCCGCGAUGGAGGCCGGCGACUUUGCCAUGGCGACGACGGGCGACUUCAUGGCCGCCGACGGCAUGUUCAUGACGCCGCAGGAGUAUCUCUUUGCCCAGGACGCCUUGUCGGAGUGGCGGCCAGACGCGCUGGGCCUGGCCGGCACGUCCGAGUUUCAUAUCGAUGCCGUGCCGGCCCUGAGCCAUGCGCAACAGCAGCCACCGCAGCUUGCGGCGGCACCCAAUCUGGACCUGGACGGCUUUCAGCAGUUUCAGCUCGAGGGUACGUUUGUGCAGUGGGAUCCCCAUGGAGCGGGCGCCGCAUCGCCCGGCGAAGGACCAUCGAUGAACGUGGCCCGGUACAUGUCGUCGCCGAGCCAGCACAGUAUCGGCUCGCUGAGCCCGCGCUCGACGACGUCGGUCAAGUCCGAGGGCAGCGGCAAGGCGUCCCCCAUUGCCAUCCGCAAAGUGAAUUCCGGCAGAAUCGGCAAGAGCAAGGCGGAGCAGCAAACAGGAAAAUUCCACAUUGUCACGCCAAACUCCAUCACCGCCAGCGCCGGGCGGCCCAACCCCUACGAGUGCUUCGAGGCGAUGCGCACGACGCAGCGCGGCCGCAAGGGGCCCCUGGCCAACGCCACCAAGGAGGAUGCGCUGCAGGUGCGCCGGCGCGGGGCCUGUUUCUGCUGCCGCAGCCGCAAGGUCAAGUGCGACACGGAGCGGCCGUGCAAGCACUGCAAGAAGCUCAUGGUGCAGGUGCCGCAGGUGGUGUGCUGGCAGUUUCAAGAUUUCCUGACGAUUCUGUUUCCCGACUUCAUCAGCGCCCACUUGAAAAAGGACGAGAUGGGCAAGUUUUUGCGGGACAAUGUGGACGGGUUCCUGAUUGGGGGCGCCUCGCAGUCGUGCUCCGUCAAGCUCUUCUCUGGUGCGCGAUUUGUCACGACGCUGGACAUUGAGGCCAAGUUCUUCACGGCCAAGACGUGCGAUGUCCUGCAACACUGGCACCUCAACUCUGGGAGCACCGGCGUUCACUUGGACUCGAACGGAUCCGCGCCGAUUGGGCUGGACGUCGCUGGCGGCAGCGGCGGCCAGAGGGACGAGGUGCGCAGAAAGGUCAAGGCCUAUGUGCGCCAACUGACCGAGGAGCCCGUAUUCGCGGAGCAAGUCACCGACUCGCUGCGCUCGACGAGACUGCCGGCCAAGAUCCUCGCCAUGGCGCAGGCGUACGCGCAAAAGACGGACUGCGCCAUGGUGAAGAAGGCCCUGUCCAUCUACGCCAUCCACUAUGUCAUGACGCGCCACCUGUGCCUGACGAGCGACACGGUGCGCGCCCUGCAGCCGUCGGGCCUGGUGCCGCAAAACAGCCCGUGGGUGACGCCGCGCGUGCUCGCGCGGCAGGUCAAGUCGCUGGCCGACGAGAUGUGCAUGCGCGAGAUGCAGCAGCUCUUUGAGCUCUUCACCAAGGCGCUCAAGCCAAAGUACCGCAAGGAGUGGGCGCCGAGCCUGGCCGCGUUCCUGGUGCUCUGCCUGUACAUGGAGGCGGUCGAGACGACGACGGACAACUUUGUCAUUUCGCAAAACGCCGUCAACAGGAAGAACAACGACGCGCCGUCGUUUAAGCGAUCGUUUGCCCUCGACAUGUGCAGGGAGGUGGAGAAUAUGCCGUUCAAGCAGUUUGCGUACCAGUUUCACCACAUUUACCAGACACACUCAAAGGACCCCAAUACGAAACCGUUUAACCCCUUGUUCGAUGAUAGCUUUGCGGCGCAGAGCGAGCUGGAUAGGCCUGCGCUUGAGUUGGUGGCUCAGCUGCAGGAUCUAUUCCAAGGCGAGGAUUGGCAAGAUAUGCAAUUCCUGGCAGAUGAUGAGCUGCUGCUCAAUAGAGGCGACAAUCCCGCGAGCAUAGACACAUCCUACCUCUACACAGGAAGACUCGUGUCCAAAUUUCUGCUGUCCUUUAUUGAUGAAGACCGCAUAUUCGGCAGCAAGAUAUGA